GUGGGCCACACACAACGAAGUUGGCUAUUAGAUCAGAUGCACAUGUAAUUUAAGCAUAGUCCCGGAGAUUUUGGCAAAUUUUGAAAUUCCGGCUGAACAGUUUUUACGUUUUGGUAAAAACUUUAAUUCCAAUUAAGAGAAAGUACUGUACCUUUUAUUCUCCUUCUAGUUGUUGAGCGUGUGGGUCAUUGGUGAUGGCCUAUUGCGUAACGGAGACCACGUGAGUUUCAGAACUUUUGGACCUCGCUUCAAACAACCGCGCCUCUGUGGUGGCUGGACGUGAUGGACAUGGCUGACUCGCCAGCUGUCAUAAAGCAGGAUGAGGUGGAGAGCCUGUUGCUUUACAAAGACCUUAUUCCCCGUCUGGAAGUGGCGAUGGGGAAGUUCUCUAAACGGAACAGCGAUGAGUUAAUUCAGCCCGUACGCACCGUGAUCCCGCUACAUAAAUACAAUGGAUUCUUGGGUCUAAUGCCAGCAUACAUGGUACAUGAAGACGUCUUAUGCACUAAAAUGGUGUGUUUCUACAAAAGAGAAAGCGGUUCAACUUUGCCCUCUACCCAAGCAACUGUACUGGUGUUUGAUCCCGAGUAUGGUAAUUUGAAAGCUGUGAGUGUUAUAAAUGGAGAUGUGAUUACUGCCAAAAGGACAGCAGCAGUAUCUGCUAUAUCUGCCAAGCUGCUGAUGCCAGGGCAGUCUGAGGUGCUGGCCAUUCUGGGAGCAGGUCACCAGGCUGCCAGCCACUACCAGGUCUUCACUGAAACCUUCUCCUUCAGGGAGGUGCGUGUGUGGAGCCCGAGGAGAGAGACGGCAGCAAAGUUUGCCAGCUCCGUGGAUGGUGCUGUUUCAGUGUGUGACUCUGUGGAGGAGGCUGUGACAGGGGCAGACGUCAUAGUCACUGUGACCCGUGCCACUGAACCGGUCCUCCUCGGGAAGUGGGUCAAACCAGGGGCACACGUGGCAGCGGUGGGAGCCUGCAGACCAGACUGGCGAGAGCUGGACGAUGAUUUGAUGAGGGCAGCAGUGGUUUAUGUGGACAGCAGAGAGGGAGCGAUGGCAGAGUCAGGGGACGUCAUCCUGUCAGGGGCUGAAGUGUUUGCAGAGCUGGGAGAAGUUCUUAAUGGAAACAAACCUGCCCACAGAAAGAAGACCACCGUGUUUAAAUCCCUAGGGAUGGGGGUACAGGAUGCUGUGUCUGCCAAGCUUGUGUUUGACCAAUGGGAACAGCAGAGGAAGCUGUAGCAUAGCCAGGCAGGUAGAGGUGGAUGCCCCAAUACGGAAUUUGAAAUGGGAAUGGCCACAACACGGUGCUGUGAUAAAUGUAAUUUUAUAUUCAAGUAGGGUGGGGAAAACAAACCACCAAUGCAUUUCUGUGAAUUUAUUUGCUUAAAAAAACAAACAAAUAACACAACAGAUUAUAAUAUACUAUUGAAAUAAAAUGAAAAAUGUUGUUUUCUUUAUGCCUCUACAACAUUGCUAAAUGCUGCAGUUUCUCAAGGGUGAAAAUUAAAAGUCCUGCACAUUUUGAUUACACUUCAUGACAGCUGGUGUGCUUGGAAGAAUAAUCACCGGUACAGUAGCAAGUCACCGAUCUAAUGAUUAAGGUUCCUACAGCACUUAAGACGCUACAGUAUAACAAGACAUUGUGGCCAUAUACAGGUUCUGAGAGUCCAAACAUUGUUCUUAGAUCUAGUUAAUCAGUGAUGACAAGACAGGACAACAUUGACAUAACAUUGUGAUACUCGCGUCACACUGUAAUCCCAUCGCCUAACUAUUCAGAGGAAAAAGAAGCCAA